AUGAUACAGGAAAAUAUGAAAAAAGCUCAAGACCGUCAAAAGAGUUAUGAAGACCAUAGGCGGAGACCAUUGGAAUUCGGGGAAGGUGGUCAUGUAUUCCUAAAGGUUACUCCAAGAUGGAAAUUGAAAGGAACUUUUAAAUCACUGAAGUUAAGCCUGAGGUAUAUUGGAACAUAUAAGAUAAUUGGGAGGAUCAAUGAAGUAUCAUACCGUUUGGAUUUACCAGGCCCGCUCUUUGAUAUGCAUGAUGUCUUUCAUGUAUUUCAACUUCAACAAUUCAUUCCCGACCCUCUUCAGCCUGUUCUUCCAGAUAUCGUUGAUGUAGAAGCAGGUCUUUCUUUGAAACCUCAACCCAGUCAUAUCCUCGAACGUGCAGCUAAGACAUUAAGAAAUAAGGAGAUUCCUCUUGUCAAAGUUCUUUGGGAAGGAUCACACCCGGACAAAUGA